ACCAGAAUGUUCUAGAUCUGGCUGAGACCGGUACGUAUCGUUUACAGCGCGACACUAAUGUGUAAAGUUUGUAAUUUAAGUAAUCUGUAAGUUAUUUAAAAUGUGUCAUGUGUUUCAUACGAUCAUAGUAGUCGAGUUGCUUCAAUCUUUUAUGGUUUAUUUUCAUUUUUGAGUUAGUUCAGAGUGUUACAGCAAGCUAGCAAACAUGUAUUAAGUUUGCUAGCUUGCUUGUGUAAGUGUGUAGGUAUCCGUCAUUUUGUGUCCUGAAGAAUGCCUUCUGAACUAUGUAUUUUUUUUGUUAGGCAUGUGACCAAAUGAUGAAUGUUUUCUGUUCUUUUGCUGAACCUCUGAACAGGUAUGUUUUGUUGCAUAAGACUCAUGUUAUUUUUGUAAAUAGAAGAUUUGAUUAUUUUAAUGAUGUGUUUGAUUGAAUGUGAGACAUUCAAAGGUAAUUGUAAAUUAUAGUUUUGUUAUUUAUUUUUAUGAAUACUUUGAGUAUUUUGGAACUUAUUAUUUUUUAUAUAGGUCUUUUUGUUUUUAUUAGACACCAGAAUGUUCUAGAUCUGGCUGAGACCGGCAUGUGACCAAAUGAUGAAUGUUUUCUGCUCUUUUGCCGAACCUCUGAACAGAAAUAAAAGUCCUGUGUCAAGAAAAGAACAAGUCCUGGUCAUCCAUUUUUAGACACAACGCAGAGAAAAUCACCACCAGAGAGAGACCGGUUACACAUGCCUAAGUGUCCUUGGCAAGAUACUGGACCCCUAAAAUGGCCCCUCAUAAAUGCUGAGUGUUCUAAAAAUUUGAAGCCUGCAGACUGAAGGCAGUGGCAGACAUGGCGUGUCCUUUUAUUGAAGAGCCAGUUGAUGUCGAGGCGCAGAUACUCCGCAGACAUCUCCACCGGGAGAGGAUUAUUAGACCCCGAUUGGAUGUUUUAUCAUUCCCUGAUGAGUAUCUGUUUGAGCGUUUCCGUUUCUCUGCAUCAUCUAUAAUUUAUAUAAACGAUAUUCUCAGCCCUCACAUCGCUCACAUGACGCAUCGUGGACAUGCUCUCAGUUCCGAGCAAAUUCUUUGUAUUGCACUUCGUUUUUUUGCCAACGGCAGUUUUUUGUAUAACGUCGGUGAUGCAGAGCAUGUGUCCAAGGCAACUGUCUGUCGGGCUGUCCGAAAUGUGACACUUGCACUGAAACAGCUACUAUGCACGUUUGUAGUGUUCCCAAGUCACAGACCCACCAGACUUCUCAAAGAAGAGUUCCACAGAAUUGCAGGGUUUCCAGGUGUGAUUGGCUGCAUAGAUGGCACUCACAUUCCUAUCAUCGCUCCUUCAAUAAAUGAAGGAGAUUAUGUGAAUAGGAAAUCUGUCCACAGCAUUAAUGUGCAGAUCAUAUGUGAUGGAGCCCACAUGAUUAACAAUGUGGAAGCGAAGUGGCCUGGGUCUGUGCAUGACUCACGAAUGUUUCGUGAGUCAACACUGAGUGCCAGAUUUGCCGGUGUAGAGUUCGAUGGUUACCUACUCGGAGACAGAGGGUACCCCUGCCAGCGCUAUCUGCUGACCCCUUACCCUGACCCUGAGCCUGGCCCACAGCGACACUACAACUUGGCUCACUGCAGGACACGAGCCAGAGUGGAGAUGACCAUCGGGAUACUCAAGGCCCGGUUCCAGUGCCUUCGUAGGCUCAGGGUCACCCCAGAGAGAGCUUGUGACAUUAUAGUGGCAUGUGUGGUUCUCCACAACAUUGCCACUAUUAGAGGAGAACAAUGUCCUACUCUUUCCCCCUGUGAUCUAGGUAUUAAUCAUACCCCCCCUGCUGAUACACGAGAUGGAAGAGCUGUUAGAGACAUGAUAUGUGUCAAUCAUUUCUAACUGACCCAUCACCUCCCCAAUGUUCAAGAACGACAAUAUGCAUCUCAUUUUAUGAGGUCUUCUUUAUUUCCUAGAAGGACAAAUUUUGUACAGUUGUUAAUCCUUUGUUGUUGAAACAAUUAAAAAACAUCCACCUGUGGGCACGUCACCCACCUUUAA